GAGCGGGGCUUCCUCCUGUCCACAAGCCAGGGUGGAAGAGAAGCGCGAGGUACCUGGGGAGGAGGAGGAGGAGGAGAAAGAGGACGAGGAAAUCGAGGUUGAUGUGUGUGACUCCCGGCGGCCUCGGGCAGGGAUUGGACGCGCACGGCAGCCGUUGGUGGGGCAGGCAGGCGGGCGAGGCAGUGGGAGCCGGUGCUAUAAAGUUGGUGGUUGCUGUAGCAGUAUUUCUACUGACAUUUUAUGUUAUAUCUCAAGUAUUUGAAAUAAAGUUAGAUUCAAAUUUAGGAAAUUUAUUUGCAAGGUCAGCACUGCAGAUAGCUUAUACAAAACCUCCCAGAUAUAAAUGUGGGAUUUCAAAGGCCUGCCCAGAAAAACAUUUUGCCUUCAAAAUGGCAAGUGGAGCAGCUAAUGUUGUUGGCCCCAAAAUUUGUGUAGAAGACAAUAUUUUAAUGAGUGGUGUAAAGAAUAAUGUUGGAAGAGGAAUCAAUGUUGCAUUGGUAAAUGGAAAAACUGGAGAAGCAUUACGCACUGAAUACUUUGAUAUGUGGGGAGGAGAUGUGGCACCAUUUAUUGAAUUCCUCAAGUCUAUUCAAGAUGGAACCAUAGUUUUAAUGGGAACAUAUGAUGAUGGAGCAACCAAACUCACUAAUGAAGCAAGAUUAUUGAUUGCUGCCUUGGGAAGUACAGCUAUCAGUAACCUUGAUUUUAGAGACAACUGGGUCUUCUGUGGUGGAAAAGGUAUCAAGACCAAAAGCCCCUUUGAACAGCACAUAAAGAACAACAAGGAUACAAAUAAAUAUGAAGGAUGGCCAGAAGUUGUAGAAAUGGAAGGAUGUAUCCCCCAAAAGCAAGACUGAACAACAUGAAGAAUAUUAGAGAAAAUUAUCUUUAUGCUAUUGAUAGGAGUGCUAUGAAGGAGAUAUUACAUGUAAAUAUUUUGAGAGUAUAUAUCCAUCUUGUCAUUUAUGCAUGAGUAUGAGCUCUUCCAAAAUCAGGAUUAUUUAUUGCUAACCUAAAGAGUAAAUUUUGUAAAUAAGUCCACCAUAAUGAACAUUUUCUAAGCUAUUGUCUCUCUAAAAGCACAGUAUUUAGAUUUCAUUAUGAUAAACAUCUUUAAGAUGUAGAAAUGUCUUUUUAAGCACAUAUUGUGAACAGAUUAUGAAGACAAUGUUAUACUAUUGUUUUAUAGAUCUAAUUGCUAAAAGAAUGGGCCAUUGUGAAAAAUAGUUUUGUUGGGAAGGGGGAAAGCUAAAAAAAUUUUUUUAAUAUAUUGCCCUUUUGAAGGCAGUAAUCAAUCUUUAAUAAAGAAGUAUUUGACUAGUUGUAUAUAUUCUGGAAUUUUGCUUUGCAGUCUAAUACCCUAUACCCCUCCUAUUCUACCUCACUUCUUUUCCUACUUUAUUUCCUCACCUCUCCCAGAGAUUCCUAGCCAAUAAAAUUUUAAAGUAUAGAAUUAAAAUGUUUGAUAUAGAAAUUUAGAUCAGAUCUGCAAAAAAGCACAACGAAUUCUUUUUGUAUAAAAAAAAGUGAUACAAGAAUUGUAUAAAUGUAUAUGAUUUGAAGUGCAGCUUGAAACAAUUUGUAUUUAUGAUGCAAAUAAGUUAACUUUGUAGUAGCCAUUUGAAGAGUGACUUGAUAUAGUUUAGCAGUGUGGUCAUAGAAAUAAACAGAUUUUUUAAAUUA